AUGACACUCGCACUCAUAUGGUUCGGGCUCAUCCCCAUCCCCACCACACCUGAUGAAAGACUCGCAUAUGAACGAAAACGCAUCCACACGCUCGAGAAACAACACUCAGAAACUGACAAUCCUUUCGAUUUGAUCAACUUUCAUUUUUUGGGACGGUAUGAGAUGGGGUAUGCGAGGGAGAUCAGGGGGGAUGUUGUUAGGGCAAGGCCGGGAUUGGGGGAAGUGCUUGCGAUGUGGGAUGAUGAGCAGGAUGAGAGGCGGUUUGCGAUGUAUGCUAAGAAGAUGGAGAGUUUGUAUGUUUCUGCGGGCGUUGAGAGACCGAUACCGAACGAUGUGGAUGCGAUGUAA